GGCCGAGCUAGGCGGGGCUCUGCGGGCCGUUGGCCCUCCGAGUGAGCGGGGGUCCUUGGGAAGGCCUGACUGAGAACUUGAUGGCGGGCCCCCGCCCCCACAGCGCCUAGCACAGUGCCCAUCCGCGCGGCUUGGCGAGCGAGAAUGGGCUGAGCCACAGUUGCCUCAAGGUGUCACGGGCGCAUCACGACGGGGGGAGUGCCAGGGACUGUGGGGAGAGCCCGCCCUCCCCCUCCAGCUGUUCCCAGAUGUCAUUCUGCCCGCCCAGGCGCCUGGAUCCUGAGCUCAGGGGGAUUCCACAGUUACUAAGCUACUGGUUUUUGUUGACUUUCAAAUAUUUUCUUCUAAGGGAGAGGGGGAGGGGGGCAAAAGUCAGGAAAGAACAAAUAAAAACAAAUCAAAAUAAGCUCCCCCUCCCCAAAAGAAAGCUGUCCCCCAUCCACCACUCACACACAAAUCCUAGGCCUCUGCACAUAGUAACCUUGCUGAAGCAACAGCCAGAUAGAACUGACCUGCUUCUGCCCAUCCUCAUCUCCCUUUCUGGUGGAUGAGGGGUGGUGGUGGAUGGUCCCCCUGUCUGCGAGCCCUGGGUGGACAAAGGGGCUUCCGGAAAGAGAGGAGGAGGAUGGCCAGUGGGAAUGGGCUCCCCUCAUCCUCCGCCCUGGUGGCCAAGCGCCCCUCCGCCCUGGGCCCAUUCCCCAGACACACCUGGAUCCACCAGGACACACCCCAAGACAGCUUAGACAAGACUUGCCAUGAAAUCUGGAAGAGAGUUCAAGGCCUGCCCGAGGCCUUGCAACCCAGGACCUCGAAGGAACAGCUCUCCACCCCUGUGGCUGGGACUUCAAGAGACAACGGACUCAGCUUCCAGGAAGAAGCUCUGGAGCUCAGCCGUGACAAAGAUGAGAUCUCCCUGUUGGUGGAGCAGGAAUUCUUGAGCCUGACCAAAGAGCACCUCAUCUUAGUCACAGAGACCUCUGGGGAGCUGGAAGUACCCAGCACUUCCCCUGAGGGGCCCAGACAGCCGGCUCCCUGCCUUCUUGCACCUCCUCCACUGGCAGACAGCAGUGAGUACCCAGGAGCCGCCAUCCUUGCCGCCGACACCCUUCUGGAUCCGAAGGUGGCCAUGUCUGUGAUCAGCAGCCGGCAGGACUGCGAUUCUGUCAUGUCUACAGUCACGGGCAUUCUGCGUGCUGCCAAGGUCAAGAGUGUUAAGGGGACAGAAGACGGGGGCCACAUCCUGGGCGCCUCCAACUCGGAAAUCAACAAGCUCCUGGCGCAGUUCCCCCUGAGGUCCACAGAGGCAGCUAAGGCUCCUGACAACAAGGUGGUGCUGGAGGAGACCAGGGCCAUCAAAGACUUCCUGCAGAACAGCAUGUUCCGUGGCCCGGGACCCAGGGAACCCACAGGGCUGGGCCCCUUCCUCCUGCUGCCGCCCCCGCCUCCCGCACCCCCUGACAAGCUUUCUGAGCUCCCUGCUCAGAAGAGGCAGCUCCCGGUGUUUGCCAAGAUCUGCUCCAAGCCCGAGGCUGAGUCCACCAUGGAGGGGCACCUCUUAAUGGAAUGGAAAUCUGGCAUCAAGGAGCCGACCAAGGGUCGAGAGAGCCUCUUUCUCAGUCAGUGGCCUCAGAGCCGGAAGGACACCUGCGGUGAAGAGGGGUGCAGUGACCCAGUGGGCUCCGUGACCACGGCCCUACCAGCCAAGAAGCCUGCGUGGCCAGCUGAGAAGAACCUGCUCUAUGAGUUUCUUGGGGCCACCAAAAACCCAAGCAUGCAGCUAAAGCUUCGCAGCAAAGUGGAGGUGGACGGGCUGGAGUUGAAACUUAACCCACCUGUGACGGUGGCCGACAAGAGCAACCUCAAGUACACAGGGAAUGUUUUCACCCCACGCUUUGCUACAGCCUUGACCUCAGCCACCCUGAACCAGCCACUCUGGCUCAACCUGAACUACCCGCCUCCUCCUGUGUUCACAAAUCACUCUACCUUCCCGCAGUAUCAGGGCCUAUACCCUCAGCGAGCAGCCAGGAUGCCCUAUCAGCAGGCCCUGCAUCCCCAAAUGGGCUGUUACUCCCGACAGGGAGCAAACUGUACCUCUGACCUGAAGUAUGUUGGAAUGUUCCAGAGGGUAGAGAAGAGCCCACAGGUGACGCCGUACAAUCCACAGCAGAUGGGACAGCAGAUUUUCCGCUCUUCCUAUACUCCCCUGCUGAGCUACAUUCCCUUCGUCCAGCCCAACUAUCCAUACCCCCAGAGGACACCUCCGAAGCUGUCCACCAAUCCCCGAGACCCUUCCCCCAUGGCAGGAGAUGGGCCGCAGUACCUCGUCCCCCAGGCAUACGGGUUUGGCUCGACGGCUGGCGGGCCCGUGAUGAACAGCCCAUAUUUUUCCUCCAGUGGGAAUGGCAUAAAUUUUUAGAUGAUCUUCUCCCUCCUCCUACCUUAGCCCUUGGGUGAGGGCUAAGUGCUCUGGAACUCUGGAUUCUGUAAUAACGUGGCCUAAGGUUUGGAAAGCCAAGGUUCCAACCAGGUCACAGACAGAAAACAGCAAGACCAGAGUCAACUAUUGACCAACUCUCUCACACACACAGGCCCUCUCACACACACCACAUGCUGCGCACCUCACACGCACCUCCCUCAUAGACAUACUCACCUGCUCGACCACAUAUGCACCUGUAGUUAGCUGACAUGAGUGAUUUUUGUUUUUGUUGUUGUUGGUAAAGUAGAAGUAAGACACUUAAUUUUAGAAAGUUUGUAUUUUAUGAUAAAAGUG